AUGGCCCGUAUCCCUUGGGAACGCAAAAUCCAAAUCGUCCAGGAGGCGUACAGCAUUCUCCGUAAUGUAAAGCCCACCGCCCGCAAGUUCAAGGUGCAGCCCCAGCAUAUCCGCCGCUGGAAGCAUCAGAUCGAGACCCGAGAUAUUCUGGGUCGCCCUGUUUCCUCGGCCCCUCGCAAGUCGUCGUCGUCGUUGUCUCGCUCCAGACGCUCCGUCGCUGCCACCACAAAGACUACCCUGGUCGCCAACAUCCCUGGCUUGUCCAUGGGCGGUGCCUCCAGCAUCACGACCACGGAAUCGCCUCAUCUGCCCAUGUACGAGCUCGCCCAGCCCGCCUUCACACAGCACUCGUUGCUCUCGGGCCAGGCCUUCCUUCCCUCCCAGUUCAACCCGGUGACCCUCAACAUUGCCAUCCCGUCGCCCGAACUCAGUCCCAUCCACACGCCCAUGUCGCUCAUCGGCGAUGCCAGCCAAGAGUUUUUCCAUCCCCAGGCUCACCAUCCGGCUUCGCGCGAACAGUCUCGGUUCCUUCCCGCCUGGUCGCCCUCGUCCGUCGGCUCCGUCCCCGCCUUCAUCACCAACCCCGCCGCCUCGGUCUUGUCUUCGAUCCCACAGCCCGGAACCACCCCCGUUGUCCCUUACCAUGCCAUGCCCUUUGCCAGAGCCACCUCGGUCUCGUACGUCUCGUCGCCAUCCUUCCAGCUCACCCUGCCCAUCGACGAUCCCCAAGGCUUUGAUUCCUCCGUGCCGUCCCUUGGCCCCGGCUACGACCAAAUGUCUCCCUACGACCCAAUCCAAACCUUCCCGUCUCCCGCUGCCUCCCGCGAACUGUACGACCAGCCUCCCGCCCUCAUGCCGCUCAACAACCAUGUCAUCUGCCGUGGACCCAUACCCUCGCGCUUCUACACUGCUGCCUUACAAGCCCAAUCCUCCCAGGACUACCGCAUGAUGCCCCAGUACCCCAACGCCAGCGUUUCUCCAACCAUCCAAUAUGCCCCAGCGGGCGGCUACCCGGCCGAGCUGCACGACGAUGGUGUCUCGACGUUCCGCCCAAGCCAGUAA